CUGGUCUGUGUCACAUGACCCUGGGCUUUGCGGAGGAAAACGAAAAUGGCAGGACUAGAGUGCUCGAGACGAGUGCGACCAAUGGCUUUAAUUGCCUUUUUAUUCGCAUUUUUCACCACGGGAAGCUCCACCGCUCAAGUACCACUGUUAAUGUGGUCCAACGACGGUUUACCACAACUAGCCUCUCCAGCCGCUGGUCACAUCACCUCCAGAGAGCAACUGAGCGCCUACCUGAGCUCUGCCCUCGGCUCCGGCCCGCACACCGUGCUGCUGCUGCUGCAGGACAAGUUAAGCAAAGAUGACUUCACGGUGUUCGGUGGGGUGUUUGGAAACAAGCAAGACAGUGCCUUCCAAAAUCUUGAGGCUGCGCUGCACUCCUCCUCUUCCUCAUUGGUGCUUCCUGCGUUAGCAUGGCCUGAAUCGAGUGCCUUACCGGCUCUGCUGCAGGAGCAGCUCGGCGUCUCACCUCUCCUUGUAGACUUGGACACACUGUCACAGCUAAACCUCAGUGCAUCUGUCAGCAAUCUGCUGCUCAUCAACCUUCCUUCCCAUACAGGCUCAUACGAGUCACGUAAGGAAGUUCUGCACCGCAAUGAUGAGAUGAUUGGGGAAGUCAUGAGUAUCAUGAAAGCCAAAAAUGUUCCAUACACUGCGAUCUACACAGGACUCCAGCCAUCACGAGUUAUUUCUGAGAUGUCAAUGUCCAGCCAGCCAGUGGGCCGGACCUUGCUCCAAAAUGUUGAUGUCAAACCUCCUAUAAUGUUCAAUGCUAAUAAUACGCCUUGCAUAAUGCUUUGGGCGCAGAGCCUCAAUGUCAGCUUCACCGGCGGGUCACAGUGGACAGACUUUGCUCUACAAACCCCCAGCCUGACUGGGUCCCAAUGCAAUGGCUCGAGCUCACUGCUUGUCCUGACUUAUCCCAACGCCACACUAAGCUUUGCCAUGAGUCGGCAGUUCUAUUCAGUGUCUGCACGCAAUUGGUUCACCUUGGACUCGGUGCAGCUGCAGUUCAGCGGCCAAACGGCGUCUUUCAUCGGGAGCCGGGGCAUCUACGCCCCUGCAGAGUACUCCUUCCACUGCGAGUCUGUCAGCAGCUUCCGAGAUGCCCUGCUAGUGCCAAACAACACCAACCAGAACACAUCUCAGUGGAUGGUUAACUUCGUAGAUUUCCAGAUUCAGGGCUUCGGGGUGUCAAAUGGAAAUUUCUCCUAUGCCAGCGACUGUGCAGGAUUCUUCUCCCCAGGGAUUUGGAUGGGGCUGCUGACCUCACUGCUCAUGCUGCUGAUCCUCGUCUACGGCCUGCACAUGAUCAUGCAGCUUAACACGAUGGACCGAUUUGAUGACCCCAAAGGUCCCUCCAUCUCUGUGCCUCAGUCGGAGUGAAGCACCCAUCACUCACUCGGUGCCUCUCCUCUCUGAAAACCCUCCUUGUCAGCGAACUUGGACCUCUGGGCCUUCCUCUGUGAAUAUUUGUGGGGUGAAAUGGCCUUUUUAUCCAGUGUCGAGUCAGCACACGCUGUAUCUCAUCUGAUCUUUCCUCUUUCUGUUGUUUUUUGUGAUACUGUUGUCUUGCAAGGCACAUUUCAUCGCUCCUUAUCUGCAAGUGCAAAACAGGAAAACCAUGUUUGCACUGAUUGUCUUGAAUGUAUAUGUGCUAAAGAUUAUAUUUUUGUGCCACUGUUUGCCAACCACAGGGGAUUUUUUUUUCUCUUUUUUUUGUGCCAGCUAGUUUUAGACAGUAGUUGUAUGCUUUUUCUUCUCCAAUGCUGUAAUUUAAAGACUAAUAUUAAUGAAAGAAUUGCCUGUAUAUAAGAAGUUGAUUGUCUUUGUGACAAUUCCCUGAAAUGGUGCCUUUUGGAAUUGCCUUACAGAAAAUAUGCCUUUGCCUUGGCCUUUCAUGAAUCUCAGUGUAUUUCCCAGGCAGAUCACACGGGACUGUGCCACCACUGCUAUGCAAUCCGCUCCUGGCAUGUUAAUUUAUUUAUAAGAACCGACUUUCUUUGCUUAGGCUGCUGGGCGAGGAGUGGUGUUAAAUGACAGUUUUUCACUUUAUGUGCAGUUGCCAAUGAAAUGUACAGUUUCUUUCACAACAAAAUAAAGAACUCCCCAGAUUGUUUUAAU